UGUACUCGAUAAAGAAAAGGCCACACACAACUAAAAACCCUUUGCUUCUCCCCCAAACGCAGUCUCCGCCUCGUGGCUUGUCGACUAAUUAUCACACUAAGGGCCGCCAUCGCCGGAAGUUCGCCGGAAUCUGUGUUCACAACAACUGUACCACCGAGAAGUUCCACGACUUGUACACACUCAUUCCACUUCCUGCUUCUGCGUAUUUAUUCCUGAGUAUGUGCUCGUCUCUAGACGGUUUGUAAUUGUAUUAUACUACAAGUUAUUGUGCCGGAGAUUUGGGUGAACAUCGAGGAACUGAGAGAUGUACGUGGUUCCACCUCCAAAAAGGACCGAUCCGUUAUCUGGAUCCACGAAUGGGUCGGACGAUUUGCGGAUUUACCAGAUAUGGAAAGGCAGCAAUAAGUUCUUUCUUCAGGGAAGGUUUAUAUUUGGACCAGAUGCAAGAUCAUUAGCAUUGACCAUAUUCCUUAUAGUGGCCCCUGUUGCAGUCUUCUGUGUCUUUGUUGCUAGAAAGCUAACGGAUGAUUAUCCAGAUCACUGGGGAAUCUCAAUUAUGGUUGUGGCAAUAGUGUUUACAUUUUAUGUUUUGGUACUUCUCCUGCUAACCUCUGGAAGAGAUCCAGGAAUAGUUCCUCGAAAUGCACACCCUCCAGAACCAAAAGACUUUGAUGGUAACAUCGAAGGUGGUGGACAAACCCCACAGCUACGCCUACCUCGCAUUAAAGAAGUUGAGGUUAAUGGCAUUACUGUGAAGGUUAAAUAUUGUGAUACCUGCAUGCUCUACAGACCUCCUCGCUGUUCUCAUUGUUCAAUAUGCAACAACUGUGUUGAAAGAUUUGACCACCAUUGCCCUUGGGUUGGGCAGUGUAUUGGGCUGAGGAACUACCGGUUCUUUUUCAUGUUUGUGUUCUCUACGACUCUUCUCUGUAUAUAUGUGUUUGGUUUCUGUUGGGUCUACAUUAGAAGGAUCAUGGAUGCUGAAGAGACAACAAUAUGGAAGGCAAUGAUUAAAACCCCUGCUUCUAUGGUUCUAAUAGCUUACACGUUCAUUUCAGUGUGGUUUGUUGGUGGUCUUACUGCGUUUCAUUUAUACCUCAUCAGCACAAAUCAGACUACUUAUGAAAACUUCAGAUAUCGAUAUGAUCGGCGAGCAAACCCCUACAACAAAGGAGUGAUAGAAAAUUUUAUGGAGAUAUUCUGUACCUCCAUUCCUCCAUCCAAGAAUGAUUUCAGGGCAAAGGUCCCUAGGGAUCCUGCAUUACCAGCUCGACAUACAGCAGCAGGGGGUUUUGUUAGUCCAAACAUGGGCAAAGCUGUGGAGGACAUAGAAAUGGGCAGGAAAGCAGUGUGGGGUGAUGUUGGGGCAGACCAUCAGGAAGGUCAACUAAGCGACAAUGAUGGGGUGAACAUGAAGGAAGGUGGAGGAUUAGGUGAAAUGUCACCAGAGAUUAGAACGACAGUGGACGAAGGUGAUCGUGCUGCAAUGCAUCAUCAUCCUAGGCGAUCGAGUUGGGGGAGGAAAAGCGGAAGCUGGGAAAUGUCACCUGAAGUUCUGGCAUUGGCAUCGAGAGUGGGAGAACCAAAUCGGAUGGGUGGGAGUAGCAGUGGUGCAAUGAGGCCAACUGAUGUUAACAAACAGUGAGUGUCCUUAGUAUGUCAAAAAUGCUGGCUUGGUUUGGUGUAUGAUCUCUGACCUUUGAACCUUUCACAAUAUUGUUGUGCACGAUUUGAUGGGUGUCAGGAUAUUUGAUCUGGCUGUUGUGCAAUGGGAAGGCCAUAGUUUGGAGUGUGUUGUGGGUGAGUGAGUGAGUGGUUUUGUAUUUUAUUUGUGUCCAAUAGUGUUGUGUCUCUUUCCCCCCAGAUGGUGGUGUCUGUUCUGGAAUGGAAAUAUUGUAGGUGCAUUGAAAUGUGAAUGGCAGUAAUUUAAUUAAUUGCUCUUCA